AUAAUUUCUAUUAAACCCAGUCCAAAUUCUCUUUCCAACUUCCAAGCUAAACUUUAUCACCAGGCAAGUUCACCCUACCUGCCUCAUAUCUCUUCAAAUCCCCUAUUUCCUCUCCUUUCCUCUCUAUUUAUCUUCUUUUCUGAUUUGUCACCUUGCCAACGCCGAGACCCAGAAAACAAUGGCCAGCAAAUCUGAGAGUAAGGAACCUGUAAAUGAGCAAGUGGUGGCAAAUAUGUAUGGAGCUAUGAGAUCGGAACUAAAUCAAAUUUAUUCUAAGAUCACCGAGUUGGAGAUGGAAGUGAGUGAGCAUUCACUAGUUAUAAAUGCCAUUCAGACGCUUGACCCAUCAAGGCGGUGUUACCGGAUGAUUGGAGGUGUGCUGGUGGAGAGAACCAUCAAAGAGGUUCUCCCGGCUGUGCAGCGAAACAAAGAAGGUCUUGAGGAGGUAAUUGCUCGGCUUAACGAGGCCCUGGAGAAGAAGAAAAGGGAAGUUGCUGAUUUCGAGGCAAAAUACAAAAUUAGAAUAAAAAAGUCUGAUAGCGAGGUAAAUGAUGAAAGCAGCAAGAAGGAAGGCUCAGCUCAAGGAGUUCUUGUUGGCCCUGCAAGUUCAAGUGGGUGAUUGGUCUAGUCUCUGUUUCCUUCUUGCCUGAUAUAAACCUGUCCAGUUGUUGCUAAGAUGUACCCAAAUCUUCCGGGAUAAAACUUUGUUCAGUUAUUUCUAAGAUGUACUAGGUUUUAGAGGAUCAGAUGUUUUGUUGAUUAGGAUUACAUUCUGUAAUAAUUUGUGUUUAAAGUGUGUUUACUUUUUGAA